CAAAUGAAUCGUCCCCAGGUUUGAGUUAUCCUUUUAUGAAUAUCAUGCUUAGAAUCACUGAAAUGAGAAUUAAUAUGAAGUUGAGCUACCUGUCUCCUCCAUCCAAAUCUCAUUACCCAGCUUCAAGUUCCUCCAUUAAUGGACACGUAAACAGGACACCAGUCCUCAUGCAUGAGGCCACAACACCCUUCUUAUAGUCCCCAAACCCCUCUUCACUUUCCUUCACUUCUCAGCAACAAUGGCUUCCAAAAUCUACCUCCUCCUCCUACUGCUAUCUGUCACCGUCGGCUGCCUCGCUUCCAAAGACCCUGAGCUGGAGCAGUGUAAGCACCAGUGCAGGGUCCAGCAGAAGUUCGACGAGAAGCAGAAGCGCGAUUGCGAGAAAAUGUGCGAUGAGUACCAUAAGAUGAAGAAGGAAAGGGAGAGAGAAGAAGGAAGGUAUUACGAAAGCGAAGAAGAAAGAGAAGAAGAGUAUGGAGAGAGUAAUCCGUAUGUGUUUGAUGAUGAGCAUUUCGAAGAGAGGGUUGAAACAGGGGAGGGUAGAAUUAGGGUUCUUCAGAGAUUCACUCAGCGAUCGGAGCUUCUUCGUGUGAUCGAGAAUUAUAGGGUUUCGUUGGUGGAGGCCAAUCCUUCCACGUUCGUGAGUCCCUCCCAUUUCGAUGCUGAAAUCAUUCUGUUCGUCGCUGAAGGACGAGGUACGAUCACAGUGAUCAAGGAAAAGAGACAAAGCUUUGAUGUGAAAUGUGGAGAUGUUUUCAUAGUUCCAUCUGGAGCUCCCUUUUACUUCAUAAACAAGGACGAACAUCAGAAGCUCAAGAUUGUUAAGCUUCUUCAAUCCACCUCUGUUCCUGGAAGUUUUGAGAUUUUCCAGCCAGGCGGUGAAAACCCAGAAUCAUUCUACACAGCUUUCAGCUGGGACUUGCUUGAAGCAGCCUUCAAGAUUCCAAAAGAUAAGUUGAAGAGAUUUUUCGAGCAACAAAAAGAGGGGACCAUAAUCAAGGCUUCUAGAGAACAGAUCCGAUCUCUUAGCCGACCUGAAGAAUUCAUCCCAAGGAUUUGGCCCUUCUCAGAAGGUGAAACUGAGCGUCCAUUCAAUCUGCUCAAGCAAGAUCCAUGGCAGUCGAAUAAGUUCGGUCGUCUCUUUGAAGCCGAUCCUGGCGAGUUCCGCCAGCUUCGAGACCUCAAUGUUGCUGUCGCCUUCGCCAAUAUGACCAAAGGUUCAAUGAUGACUCCUCACUAUUACUCCAAAGCCACGAAAAUAGCCGUGGUGGUGGACGGCGAAGGGGGGUUCCAAAUGGCGUGUCCGCACCUUUCAUCAUCGUCCGGGAGAGGUGGCCGGUGGUCGGAGCGAGAGCAUAAGCGGAUGGGCGAGGGGACUUACCAGAAGAUUAGAGGGCGGCUGAGACGUGGGGUGGUGUUCAUAAUUCCGGCAGGUCAUCCUUUUUCAGUCUUUGCCUCUCCAAACCACAAUCUUCAGAUUGUUUGCUUCGAAGUCAAUGCCUAUGGCAACACCAAGUAUCUUCUAGCAGGGAAAGAUAACAUAGUGAACAAGAUGGAGAGCGUAGCAAGAGAGUUGGGAUUCAACACACCAGGAAGAGAAGUUGAAAGAAUCUUCAGACAGCAAGAAGAAGAGUUCUUCCUCCCAGGACCAAACCAACAAGAACAUGAAUGGACUGAUGCCUGAAACUGAAGUACUGAAGAAAGAACCAAAUGUAAAAAUGGUGUAUAUAUGCGGAACACUUAACUAGUUAUGGCUAGGCUGUAGCGACUCAAGCUACUCCUUCCCUUGUACAGGCUUUUAUCAUAAAUAAAAUGAGCUUUCUUCUGCUA